AUGAAGGCUGCGUCGGCUCCCCGAAGGGAGGAGAGGCCGGCAGGGGAGAAGGAGCAGAAGAAAGAGCAGACGAAGAAGGAUGGAGAGACACCGGCGGUGCCUGCGGUGCCAGAGGCACCCACUCACAUUCCGGGCAGGCUGUUCGUGGGCGGGCUGCCCCGCGAUGUCACCCCCGAUGCCCUUUCCAACCUCCUGGGAGCGUUCGGGGUCAGGGUGGAGCACGUUGAGUUCAACACCAAGCAUGUGCCCAUCCUCGGCACCAACUUUGCUUUCGUUGACGUUAGCCCCAUCGAGAAGACUUCCGUUUGCGUGGCCAAGCUCAACCGAACCAAGUGGAAGGGCCAGUCGCUGCGCGUAGAACUGGCCAAGCCAUCCAGGCUCACCAAGGUUUUGGCCCACAUCCACGCAAGCGACGACGACGAGGCCAAGGAGGAGGCCAAGCCCGAGACCGCGGAGGAGAAGAAGGCCAAGAGCAAGGAGGGCAAGCGCGUGGGUCCCUGGAAGCGCGGCAAGGCCGGACGCCUGCUGCCCGUCCUCACCCUCGAGAAGAAGAACGGCCGCGGCACGUUCAUCCACGAUCCGGCCAAGACGAAGCAUAACAUCACCAUCUUCCCGUCGGCCAUGAUGGCGACGCCCGACGUGCCCCUAUCGCGCCUCACCUACUUCUACGACGAAUCGACCGCCGCUGCCGCCAACGCCACGGCCACCACCAAGAAGACCAAUACCAGCAGCACCGCCGCUGGCGCCGCCAGCGCCGGCGCGAUGGACACUGACGAUGCGGACGAGGCGGAGCCGGUGAUUGUGAGGCCGCCGUCACCUCGGCCCGCAAACGACCGGGUGUCGGCCAAGCUCGACCGGGAGCGCGAGUUCUCGCUGUCGCUCAUCGAGUCCCUCGUGUCGACGCCGCCGGGCUCGCCGCCCGCGGGCUUCGACGACGACAAGGAAGACGACGAGGAGGGCUACGGCGGCGGAGGCUACGACGACGACAACGAGGAGGAGGCCCAGGGCCAGCACGACGAGUUCAAGGCCGAGUGGGAGAAGUCGCGCCAGAACGCGCCCUGCCUGUGGCAGCACGGACCCGAGCGCAAGGCCGAACGAGCGGCCCUCCAGCAGCAGCAACAGCAGAAGGCCACCGACACGAAGCAGGCGGAGCCGAAGCCGCAGCCGGCGGCGCAGGCGGCCAAGGCGAAGCUGGAGAAGGAGCGGACGGAGAAGGCGAAACUGGAGAGGGAGAUGAAGGCAAAGAUGGAAGAAGAGGAAAGAGAGAAGGCCAAGAUCUUGGAGAAGGAGAGGGAGGAGAAGGCCAGAAUUGAAAAGGAGAAGAAGGAAAAGGAAAGGAAAGGAGGAGAAGGCCAAGAUGGAGAGGAGAAGGAGAAGAGGGAGAAGGAGAGGAAAGAGAAGGAAAAGGAGGAAAAAGAGAAGGCCCGAGCGGAGAAGGAGAAGAAGGAAAAGGAAAAGGAGGAAAGAAAGAAGGCAAAGGCGCUCAUAUCGGCGGAGGAGGAAGAAGAGGGCCUCGAUGGCAUGGCGGUGGUCGAAGAAGAACACACCGUCGUGACCACCACCACCACAACCCAGGCAACAGCCUCCGAAACGAUGGAGACGGAGGAGAAGAGGGAGGACGAGCCCAAGUCCUCCGAGACCGAUCAGUCGGGCCUGCGCGUGGGCGAGCGGGGCUGGUGGACCUCGAUGCUCUCCACCGCGGCCGCCGCGGCUGCAGCGCCCACUCCCGACGCCCCCAAGGAGGCCUCCUUCUCCCUCUUCAGCAUUCUGCCCACCCCACCACCCGUGGAGGAAUCGAAGAAGACAAAGGCGGGCGGUAAGGCGGUGGACCCGGCGAUUGCGAGCGCGCUCCGAAGUAUGAAGGCUGCGCCCAAGGCCGCUGGCACGACGAGCUCACCCGCGGGCGCCGGCGCCACUACGCGGAAGCGACCCGCCCCCGUGGUCGCCCCCAAGCGCUUCCUCUCUGCGUGCCAGGAUGAUGACUACAGCGGCCCAGCGUUCAUGCGACCGGACAACUGGGAGCAAGCGGAGGAGGAGUGGGCCAGUUCGCGGCAGGCGCUUUCGCACGACUACAAGAGCAAGUUCAAGACGGCGCGAAAGCGUCAGCGCGCCACCACCGCCGAUCCCUCCGUGUGA